AGGGACGGCCGAGUUUCGAGUGUUGAGAUGAGAACUGGCCGCGAACGAGCGCUAUUUGAAAUUAGAACAUUGUUUUUUUUUAUAAAACGGCCUUUUUUAAAUUUAGUGCAGUGUCAAGUAUUAGAAAUGAGUUUUGUAUACAAAUUAUGUUUGGUCUUGGUUUUCGGUGUUUUCUGUGAAGCGGAGUUGCGGAAGGAAGCUUACAUGACAGUUCCAAGCCUGAUCAAAGCAGCAGGCUACCCCGUAGAGAAGCACCGAGUGACCACCCCCGAUGGCUAUGUGCUGCAGAUGCACAGGAUCCCGGCCGGGAGACGGUCUGCGAGGCGCACGGGAGACCUUAACGCGAAGGGGAAGAAGGCCAUCUUGAUAAUACACGGCCUCCUUGGAGGGAGCAGUGAUUUCGUCAUCAUGGGCCCUGAGAGAAGUCUUUCGUACCUUCUAGCAGACGCAGGGUACGAUGUGUGGCUCGGUAAUCUAAGAGGCACAGUGUACUCCACUCACACGAAUCUUACUAAAAAUGAUCCCAAAUUCUGGGAUUUCAGUUUCCACGAGCACGGUAAAUACGACCUGCCAGCGAUGAUCGACCGCGUCUUGAACAUCACGGGACUGGACAAGAUCAUGCUGGUUGGCUACUCCAUGGGCACCACCAGUUCCUUCAUCAUGUUCUCCCAGAGACCAGAGUAUAACGACAAGCUGAUCGCCUUCGUGGCAUUAGCCCCGGCUGUGUACAUGGACAAUAUGAAGCUCAUUGCCAAUUUAGCGCUUAAUACUUUAGAUAUAGUGAACGUGAUGCGAGCUCGAGGUAUGACAUCGCUGCAGCCACAAUUCCUGCAGGGCCUCAUAUCGACGCUAUGUAACCUCAAACAGCCGGAGACUGACUUGUGCACCAACUUCAUAUACACUCUCGUCGGAGAAGAUUUUGAGCAGAACGAUUUGGAAAUGUUACCAAUAUACCUGUAUCGAGUACAGCCAGCGUCAUGGCGCGCGCUAGAACAUUAUGGGAAGAUCGCCAUUUCUGGUGUGUUCACCACAUUUAGUGGCGGCCUGUCUGGCCCAGUGAAGCCAUACAACUUGACUAAUGUAAAAGUUCCUGUUACUCUACUUUAUGGAGAGAAUGAUCAACUGACUGAGAAGUCUCAAAUAAUGAGGCUAGCAGACCAGCUGAAGUCCACAGGAGUCCUAGAAGAGGUCCGACCCGGCUGCUCCUGGCCCAAAUUCAAUCAUCUAGACUUUGUAUUUGCAAAGGAUGUGGGAAAAAUAUUUAACAAACCCCUAAUCAAACUCAUAGAUCAAUUGUACAAUAAAUAUUAUACUGCAUGAA